AGGGUCUGGGUCUUUUGAGGUCACAAGACCUGAAGUGAUGACUCUGAUGAGUUAAAAACAUGGUCCUGUGAUCAUGAAGUGGAAGGAGGACGCGGUGGAGAAAAAAAAAUCUGAAGCAACAGGGGGAGAGAAAAAAACCCUGAGUGAAAUGAGUGGGAUUGCUGUAACUGUGGCGUCCCAAGGGAUUAGAGCUGUUACUAUAGAGAUAGUAUUCACUUCUCCUACACACCUCUGAUGUGGACAGGAUCAGACUAACAUCUCUAUACACUUAUCAGGUCCUCUGACCUUUCUGGUUCUGAACAUGGUCCUGUUCCAGGAAUGUUUUCCAGGAGCUGUAACAGCAACAGAAGGAGUUUUAACAGAUGUGGUAACUUUCACCUGGAUUACUGCUGUAUCAAAUUCCUCAGUAACCAUAACCUUUGGUUGCUGAUGUUUGCUUGGGAACUAUAUGCCUGUGUUAAAAUAUUCCAUUUGGCCUAGCUUUAUGAUGUGGAUUCUGAUCUACAUGAUAGAAUGUCCUUGAAUGUCACUGGAUGGGUUUAAAGCACUUUGUCAACAUUUUCUACCGUUCUGGUAUAGUCAGAUGUUUUUGUGAUAAACACUUAAGUGCUUUGGAAAUACUACAAGAGGAAAAGUGCAAGACUCACAGACUAUUGACCACAGCAUAUUCCCAACUUGAGAGCUUUUCAGAGGAAUGUCGUGAUAGCAAUAUAAGCACAGGCUAUGACGACGGACGCUCAGGGACACCUACCAUAUUAAAACAACGACGACAGACAUACUAGAACAUUCACUGUUAAUACUUAUCUUUACGAUGAAAGCCAUUCUGGGAUUUAAGUCCGUCUGGAAGUCCUUUGCCUAGUGUUGAGAGGUUGAGACAGGGUAUAUGUCCUUUCAUAACCUACCUGCUGCCAAAAGGGACAUGCUAACAAAUCAUGCACCUGUCCCAUGUCGCUACGUACCUGCUACCAAUGGGGACAUGCUAUCAAAGCAGACAUCUGUCUCCUGGCGUGGACGACGUAGGGUACCCAGGAUGGGGGUAGUACCUUGUCAUAGGCGUGAGUUGGAGGAUCGAGGUGCUAUGAACUUAGGGUACGUACGCAGUGAAGACAACAUGGAUUACCUUCAAGAUGACCCCUAUAGUUCCCAUGGACGCAUUCCAUACAACAGUGACCCCUACAAUCAGAAUUAUUCCCCGGGCGCUCUGAACGGGGGCAACCCCCAGUACCUUGCUGAUAGCAGAUCCCCUCACUCUUCACACUUAUCUCUACAGAGCUCAGGCAGCAACCGUCACCCUAGAAAUGCCAUGAAUGGUCCGGGCAUGCAAGGAUCCAUGUCAUCGUUACCACGGGAACAGCCCAAUGACAACUACAUGUCCUACUCUGCCAUGUCUCCUGGACAGGAUCCGCCCAGUCCCUCAAGGUUCAACAACUAUGGUGGCGACCCUGAUCAGUAUGGCGAUCAGUCGCCCCGCUACAGUCUAGCAUCUAAUGACAGCUUACAGAGGCCACAGUACGACCCCUAUAGUCACCAUGAUCAUAGGGACAUGGGACCUUCAGGAGGUAGAGGGAGUUACAAUCAGCCCCCACCAGAGGAUAUAAGCCCCUACAACCACCACCCUGUUAAUAGGGACCCUUAUGGGGACCAGCCAAAUUAUGAGGACUCUCGAGGGGGUGAUUCAUUCUACAGAGACUCGCCAUUAGGGGACAGAAAUGAUCUGUCUCGGGGUGGACCUAUGAUUGACCCCCCAAGUCGGAGUGAUUCGUACCGUAAUCCUGGAGACCCCUAUGGGGACCCACCCCCACUAUACGAGACAGGUGCUUAUACCGGAGCGCCACCACAAAUGGAUGACCGUUACAAGGAAAACUCCUUUGAUGAUGACCGAUACAGAGGUCCUCCAGGUGACAACUAUGCACCUGAGAGUGGUUACCGGGAAUCCCCUGUCCCUGGGAAUCAGUACAUGCCCCCAGAUGACAGGUUCCGUGACAUGUCAUUAGAUGACCCCCAUGGGGCCCCGCCCCCUAUGGAGGACAGAUAUAGAGACCUGCCUCCAAGUGACAGGUUUGAGGGUGAGCCAACAUUUGGUAAUUAUGAUGAUUACCCGUACAGCCCAAAUAAACAUGAUGGCUUACCUGAUGUUCCACAGGAUCCGUUUGCUGAUGAUCCAUUCCAACAGAAGGCUGCGAUAGCUGCAGCAGAGGAACGUUACCGUGCCUCACAGGGUGAUUUACGAUAUCGUGACGAAGAUCCAUACAGUAGGCGUACCCCAUCACCAGGGGCUGGCAGUGAUCGUUACCAAGGACAAUACAAUGAGCAGCCACCUCAGUACCUAGAUGAUCGUAAUGAUAGCCGAGACGGGCCUGCAUAUCCUGAUGACCAUGAUGGGCCUCCACAGUCCUAUUUCCAGGAUGAUAUGCAACGUUCAUCAGCCAUGAACCUUAAUGCUCCACCUCCUGAUGAUUACCACUCUGACGGGAGGAGAACUCCCUCCAUAGACGGACAAGGUGGUAACUGGCGUAACCCAGACUUACAGGAGGUAAUCGACUACCUCAGCCACCCCAGCGAGGCAGUCAAGGCCAAUGCUGCUGGCUACCUUCAACAUCUCUGCUUCAACAAUGAGGACCUCAAAUCCAAAACACGGGGUUUGGAUGGUAUCCCUCCACUGGUGGAACUAUUACGGAGCGAUUACCCAGAGGUUCAGAGGAAUGCAUGUGGUGCCCUGAAAAAUCUGUCCUAUGGCAGAUCCAAAGGUGGACUUGAUACCAAAAAAGCAAUAGAGAAUGCAGGUGGGGUGACAGCCCUGAUCCGACUGUUGAGAAAGGUUCAUGAUGAGGAUAUUAAAGAAAUGAUAACAGGCAUUCUAUGGAAUUUGUCCUCAUGUGAGGAAUUAAAAUCAAAGAUAAUAUCCGAAGCUUUGACAGAUAUUGUGAGCAGAGUUAUUGUUCCCUACUCUGGAUGGGAGAAACGUGGGUUAUUACAAAGUAAUGAGGCUUGGACAACGGUGUUCAGAAACGCUACUGGCAUCAUCAGGAAUUUAAGUUCAGCUGCAAAGGAAGAUGAACAGCGUGGAUAUGAGACGAGGAAUCGUUUACGUGAAUGUAGUAAACUUGUGAAUUGUUUAGUGUAUGCAGUGAAAAUGUCGGUGGAAAACAAUGAUAAAGACAGUAAACCUGUGGAGAAUUGUACAUGUUCCUUACGCAAUCUUUCCUUCAGGAUACAGGAAGUGUCAGAACGAGACUUCUAUAAAAAGCGCAACAUGACAUUAAAGAAACGAGCCAAGCCAGAAAAAGAAUCAACAGGGUGCUUAGGGAAUAUGGGAAGUAAAAAAUCACAACAGACGAAGGGUAAAGGAAAGCCUGACCUAAACCAAAAUGCGGAAAUGAGACUUCCACCUGGUGCUGCAGAAUUCAAGGCAUUAUGGGAACCUGAACUGGUGCGGUUAUAUCUUAGUAUUCUAAAGGACGGGACAAACCCGGUAACCAUGGAGGCAGCUGCAGGGGCAAUACAAAAUCUUACAGCUUGUUACUGGCAGCCAGCGGAGGACACACGCGCCACAGUGAGGAAGGAGAAGAGUCUCCCUGACCUAGUGGACUUGCUCACACACGAAAGAGACAGUGUUGUGUGUCAUGUGGCUCUGGCCCUGCGGAACCUUGCCAUUGAUGAGAGGAACAAAGAGUUAAUAGGAAAAUAUGCUAUGAAACAGUUAGUGAGUCGACUUCCUAUGGAAAGACAGAUAGAAUUAGUCCCAGACCGGACAAUAUCAGCUGUAGUUGCAACUUUACACGAAGUCACGAAAAACAAUCAAGAUUUUGCACAAUCUUUGGCUAAUGAAGGUGGUCUGAGGCGAUUAAAGUUCAUUAAAUUUGCCCAAGGAAAAUACUUAACGAAGACAAAAGAACAUGUCCACAAGCUGCUACAAUCCUUGUGGGAGUUUAAGUCAUUACAUUGGGAGUUUAAGGAACGAGGACUUGUGGAGGCUGAUGUCAAUAGCCCACCUAUGGUGGGGAGGACUGACGACAUUGGCUCUCCAAUGAGCAACUACAGCACAAUGAGUCGCCCCAUGGGUAGUCAAGGUUAUGACGACAAUACGAUAUCCGCUGGUCGUGUACAGACCAAAGACCCUUACCCCAACAGUUACUCUCCAAACGGACGUAUGGACAGUGGUUAUCCUGGAUCAGUUGUCGGUCAUAGUAACCCAGCCAUGCAUGAUGAUGGACGAUAUGAUUAUGACACCAGAUCAAGAGGUGAGGAUAUCCCAUUAUCAGAUAUGGGGCCAGGUUAUGCCCCGCUUGACGACCACCUACCCAGAAACAAGGUACCUGUUGGAGCUGUUCCCCUCUUCCCAGGCUUGGAGAACCAGCGACAUGCAAGUCAGACCCAGCUUCAUCCUGAGCCCCAGCCUGGACCAAACGAACAACUAUAUGCACAAGUAGACAAAAGCAAGAAGCGCAAUCCUGGCCAGAUGGGGGGACAUGCAAGUCCCAAUCAUGUGAUGUUAGACAUGUCCUCUCCAGGGAGUCCCCAGGGUGGGGCGGACUCCUGGGUAUGAUCCCAGGAGUCGGGGAGGACUUAAGAAGUGACUAAGUCUUGUACAGGCUGUGACAUGUAAUUGUUAGUAUGCACUGCAAGGCUGGUUGUGCAACACUGGAUAUGUACAAAGUGGAAGUACUAAAGUAUACAGAAAUAGAACAAACUAAAGUUCUGAACAAAAUGUAUUGAAAGUGAAAGUACUUCGGAGAGAAUCAGGCUGGAAUGGUAUGGAAUGGAUAUUUCACAGAGGACCACCAAUAUCUUAAUGUAUAAGAGAUAUAUAGAAUAUCAUACAUACAGAAUGUCCUACAUACUGUUUCCUCUCUGUGCAGGUGUUACACUGGACCAUGUUGGGAGAGUAGUCAUUCAUGGACGGUGUUCCACAGGUGACAUAUAGGUCAGGUCACCUUGCUUGUACAGCCCCAAAAAAGUGUGAUAUUUACUCCCGAGUCCUUGUGAGAAGAGAUCAUAGGUUAUGUGAUUAUUACUCCCGAGUCCCAUUAGGAGUAGAGGUGACCUACGGUUGUGUGUCCCCUCCCCCCUAGUACCUAAAGACUCUGGGGGUCACAAGACUGCUGGACAAAGGGCCGCAAGCCCUCAAGUUGAGGAAUUUGACUUAAAACUUUCAUAAAAUCAUGUUAAUCAGUCCUGAUUUUUAAAUUUAGAGACUUAUUUUUGAUAAAUAUGGUAACUGGACAGAAGUGCUGUGCUAUUUUUAUCAUCAACAUCCAUCAGUGUAUCAUAGAUUAGCACCAAAUCCAGUGCCCCAUUAAGCCAGUUAUAGUUGUAACCGAUCAUGACAUCAAAUGUUUUAACAUUGUUUUACUACAUCCAACAUUCUUAGUAUGUGUUUAUUUGUUUAUGGGGUGUUAUUGUGUUGUAGGAGUUAGUUCUGUAAUAGAAUCUCUGUAAAAUUCCUCUUGACUGUAUUACAAGCAUCCUUGCCAAUUCUUGAUGUAAAUGCCGAGAGACACCAAGAAACGAAAAUGUCCCAUAAUGCACCAGGCCAUUUCGGGUCACAGGUUCAAGGGUCAGUAAGGGGAUUUUUGAUGUCAAUAAAUUCAGUCAAGAGGUGAAUUGGGUUUCAAUAAAUGACAUGAUAUUACUCUAUUUACUGGUGAUAGUAUUUACCGCAAUAGACUACCAUAGAUUAGAAUAUGCCUGUAGCACUGCAACAUUUUAUUUUAUUGUUAAUGUGUAAUAGUAAAUUAGGUUAAUGCACUGCUAAUUUUUACAAUUAUUUAAUUUAACUUGCUGCUAGGAUGUGUAGCAUCUCGGACUUAUUGUCCUCAAAUCCAAAUUGAACAAAAUUUGUUAUUGUGUUGUCCUGUGUUGUUUAUAUUACAAUAAGAGAGCAAUAACGAAAUGUCUAAUGCUAUGCACAAAAAUAUACAAAGAGGUAUAAGUGAUUGUGGCCUCUAAUUUCCAUUCAUGAGAUGUAUACUUUUGAAAAUUGAAAUUUGAUAGCAAAUAAUUCUCAGAAUAAGGAUAGAAUCCAAACUUUUAUAUAUUGGAGAGAAGUUAGAGUGCUUGUAAACUGAUUCCUUUAUUUUAUUUUUGCAUAUUAAUUUUGUCCAUUAAAUCACAUCUAUAUUGAUAUUUUAUGUUGAUCGAAUGUGGAAUCAUGUUUAUUAUGUCCUGUAGUGAUUAAGGGGUCGCAUCACUACUACCAUGUUGAAAUGUGAUAAACUAUUGAUAAUUAACAUCAAACAUUUUUGAAUAAACAUUUGUAUGUAUAACAUUUAAUCAUUGUUUUUUGCUAUUGUGAAUGAAGCGCUAGAAUUCCUCCAGUACCAGGUACAGUAAUUCCUUUGUGCUUGCCUUGAUACCCAGCAGACACUACGAGGUUCCAACUCCACAACUCUUUCUUGUGAUUUAUCUUUGUUAGAAAUUAUGUCAUGGAAUUAUUACAUGGGAAAUUGCAUUAAGAUAAAUUUUUAAAAUGAAAUAUUUCUUUAAAAAAGAUAUAAAGUAAAUUGAAAAAGUAGAAAUAAUUUAUCUACUGUUAUAGAUUUUUAUUCUUAUGUCUUUUGAUGCCUUUACUAUAUACAUACUAGCCAGAGGAAUUACAGCAACAACUUAAAAACCAUCUCCAGAACUGUUUUCAUUGCUGAUUGGAUCCAACCCAGAUCACAAUUAAUACAAGAAAAUAGAGAAAUUUUAUUGUUAAUUUCUAAAAAUCAUUGAAGAUAUGUAAUGUUACUUAAAUGAAAGUGUUUUGAUGAUAUUUUCCUUCCAGUCAGUCACCAUGAUUUACAUAACUGCAUUUUAUACAUCCACUGGGUCUUCACAUUUUGGGUCUAUGUGCAAGCUGUAGCUGUUGACUUAAUUUGCAUUUCAUUUCAAUUAUAUAUUUACUGAAGUAUAACAGGAAAACGCUGUACUUGAAUUUGUAAAAUAUGAAUAUGAAAUGAAAAUAACUUAUAUAUAGAUAUGCAAUGAUGUUGAUGUAUAAAAGCAUUAUUUGCAAACAAAAUUUGAUAUGUAAGCAUAUUAACAUCAUUGGUUUCAAUCAUUCACUGUGACACUAUAGACUUGCAUAGAAGACACCGCAUAAGGCUAUUGUAUGCAGCCAUCACCUCAUCCUGCUAUUGUAUGCAGUCUGUCUAUUGAAUGUGGCCAUCACCACAUCUUUCUAUUGUACACGGCCAUCAUCAUAUCUGUCUUUUGUAUGUGGCUAUCACCACCUCUGGCUAUUGUGUACAGUCAUCACAGCAUCUGGGUAUUGUAUGCUGCCAUCACUGCAUCUAGGUAUUAUAUGCAGCUUUCACCACCUCUGGCAAUUGUAUGUGGCUUUCACCACCUCUGGAUAUUGUGCACAGUCAUCACAGCAUCUGGCUAUUGUACGUGGGGAACCACAUGUGGCUAUUGUACGUGGGGAACCACAUCUGACUAUUGCACUGUAUUGUAAGAACUACAUCUGGAUCCCCCUGUGUUUAUCUAUGUACAUCAGAUCACGUGGAACUCUUGUCCUUGUUUCUUUCAUUUGCUUCUUCAGAAAUUGAUUUACAGGUUUCUUUGUGUAAAUUCAAGUAAAAACAACAAAUGGCCACAAAGACAGUAAUAUUGUUUGGAAUUCAAGAAUAGAUAACAGGGGAAAAUAAGGAAGUUUGGCAAUACAUAAACAUAGAUUUUGCCUACACAAAAUGCCCACAGGUACAGGAAGGUGUGUGCAUUCAUCAAAAGUAAAAAAAAAAAUUAAAGAAAAAGAAAAUAUUUCCCACAUUUAAUAGCAAUUACAAGUAUGUAAUUGUAUAUUCUUAAACAGAUUGAUCUUUCUGCUCAACAACAGGCUGAAAAAUCUAAUUAUUGAUGCAUCAUUAUAAACACUUUCUUGGCCUUUGUCUUAUUUUGACAUCAUACCAGGAGUAGUAUCAUGUAGCUGUUAUCAGGACUUUCGUUUCAAAAAGGUUUUAUUUUGUUUCCAAUAUAGAAAAAUAACAGGCGUUCAAUAUGAACACAUUUGUAAUAUCUGGAAUAAUUUGGAUACAGAUAAGAUAUUUUGCAGAGGGAACAUGGCUUUCGUUUGAGACUAACUAGCACCUAAAUGUUACAUGAAAACACUUUAGAAUAGAUGUCAUUUGUAAUUGUGUUAUCGAUCAUGUCAGAAAUAAAGGGCUUCCAACUGUUUCAUUAUACAAUCAUAUUUACCAUGACAUGAAAUCAUUAAUAUCACUAAAUAACAUUGCCUUUCUUACUACACUGUAAUGGUGGGAAUCUUUCAUCAAAAUCUGUAAACAGAUAACACACCCUAAAUUAUACUCCAUAUAAUUUAUUCUCAAAUGUCAAAAGUCUGACCUUAGACAUGUACAGCAGGUGGAUUGGGGGAAAAUGGUUAAUUCCAUACAUCAUUUCAUUUUUAACUAUAAACAUUUUCAUUUUGCUUAUAAUUACACUUUGAAAUGAUGAGUUCUAUUUAGCAUUGUUAUGAAUGAAAAUUUAGAAUCAAAAUACAAUGUUAACAAUAUGAAAUAUUGAGUAGUGCUGUGAUCAUUUUAAUUGGCCCUGUAACCUGGCACUUAAAACAACUACCAGUAUUGAAAGUGUGUGUAAGUUAGUCCUGGGACUUCAGGAAAACAUUCUUUAGGCCUAAACUGCUUUUUGUCAUCAUGUUACAUGAGCUGUGAAUUAUCUAAGAUCAAUAGUUAUAUCAGCUGUACCUGACCUCUGGUCAGUGGUUACACAGCAUUAAGAAUAAGCAUUCCAUUCUCAUACCGUUAGUCUUUAAUGCAAGUCUACACAUUUUUGUACCAAGGAAUAAUGAAUAAUCUGAUACUGUGUGAACUUGGAUAAAUUAAAUUUGUCCUUUAAAUA